AUGAAUGAACCAAAACGUGUACAAAUUAUUCGACCACAUCAAAAUAUUAAUGAAUUUGUUUAUCAACGAGAUAAUAAUUCUCAAGAUUAUUCAUAUGAACAAGUUUUACUAGAUCAAAAAGAAUAUUAUACUAUUGGUUGGAGACGUUUACAUACAAUUCAAUCAUUACCUUUACAUGAAAAUUGGCCAAUAACUAUGGGGAAUGGUAUUGUAUCGGUAGCUAGCGGAGUUGUAGGAGGCAUGAUAACACGUCGUAUGGCACAAAAUUUAUUACUUCAUUUAUCUGCAAGUACAUUUCCAGCAAGUGCUACUUGUUUUCUUGUUGUUGCUCUAACACAUUUAUCAAGUUAUUAUUUUCUUGUACUUCGACCAUUGUUUUCUAAUGAUCCAAUGUUAUGUACAACUUGUCUUGAAAUACGUUCAUUUGCACUAGCAAGUUUUAUACCAAUAACAAUGGGAACAAGUUUAGCAUUAACAGCUAAUCUUUCAACAUGUCUUUUAAAUAAAACUAUACGUUUACCACAAUUUCAAAUUCAAGCAUAUCCAGAAUGGAUACGUUUUUUUCGUAAACAUGCUUUUAAAGGAAUGUCACGUCGUCAUUUUUUUGCUUAUCCAUUAAUAAAUGGAUUUUUAGCAUCAAUGAUAUUUCUUGGUCAAAAUUAUUAUUGGAAAAAUAUUCUUCAAUAUCGCUUGGGUACACUAGAAAAACAAUUAUUAUCUAAUAAAGAACAACAAAAACAAAAUAAAUUAUUUGGACCUAUUCAAGAUUUUUUUUCGAAAGUUUUUGGUAGUAAAACAAAAUAG